CGAAAACCCUCAAAAAGUCGUCACCUUCUCGUGCUACGUUCGGUUUAUCUUCGUUUGGUACUUUAGAAAUCUCGUCUUAGUCUUGCUCGGUUUUCCUUGCUUAGAAACACGUAUCACAACACAAAUGGCAGAGAAAAUGCGUUAAAUUGAUCGGUGAAUUUCAUUAAUUUUCUAAUUCAAAGGACGAUGUCUUGUACUUGGAUCAAGAGAGAAAGCUACGGCGCAGCUCCUGCUGCAAGGCAGGGGCAUGCCAUCACACUAGUAGGGAAGAGUGCAUAUAUCUUUGGCGGCAGUAGUGGUAGUGGCUAUGGGGAACAUGUUAAUGGCAAUACAGACCCUGUUUAUCUGAAUGACCUCUUCCAUUUAAAAGUUGGUCUCCAGGUUACUUGGGAGAGAAUGAGACAGCUAGGUGACAUACCUUGUGGACGAGAUGGUCACACCCUGAGCUCUGUUGGGUCUGUUCUCUAUCUUCUUGGAGGAACUAAUUAUCCUGAAGCAGAUGAAUGCCUAGAAGGGCUUUAUGCUUAUGAUGUUGGUACGUUGUCAUGGGAACAGUGUCCUGUACAAGGAUACCAGCCCAGAGCAUUAGGACAGUCGACUGCUGCUAUUGGUGACACCCUGUAUGUGUUUGGUGGUAUAUACCGCGGAGAAGCAAGAAACACACUGCACAUGCUCAAUACUGGUAACCUAACAUGGACAACUCUCAAAACAUCUGGACAUCCACCAACACCAAGGUGUGACCAUGCAUGUACUGUUAUUGGAGAGAAGUUUUAUAUCUUCGGCGGCAGUGGUGGUGAAAAUAUCUGGUUUAAUGACCUAUACUGCUUUGACUCAGUGACCCUUGUAUGGUAUUUUAUCAAUGCACAAGGUCAUCUUCCACAUCCAAGAAGCCUACAUUCUCUUUGUGCACAUCAUGACAAGGAUAUUUAUAUGUUUGGAGGGGCCAAUGACUCAUCUUCGCUAAAGUCACGUUCUCCAUUUGGAGAGGUCUUCAAAUUUAGCUUAUCAAAAAUGAAAUGGAAGAAGCUCCAUUGUGAAGGAACCCCCCCUGAAAGGCGUCUCGGCCAUACAGCAGUCAUGGUUUAUGGACAGAUGAUUGUAUUUGGUGGUAUGAAUGACGAGAAAGAUUACAAUGACAUUGCUAUACUACAGACCAGAGCAGCCGCCAAACAGCUUCCUCCCGGGAUGUCAGAUGCACUGGAUGAAUCUACGUCCUCAUUCCAAAGCGUCCCAGGGCCUCAGACCAGCUACGACACAAACGUGCCCAUCCCAGCACCGUACGAAACGUUAAUGCCCUCUCUAAACGAGCCUGCUAAGCCGCCUAAUUUUGAUACUGUAAAAGUGACGUUUAUUCAAAGAAUUGAAGAUAUAUUUGAAGACUUGUCAUCCAAGUAUGCUGAGUUAGAAACACAAAAGUCCGCUCUCCAGUCAUCGAUAGACAGCUUCCAGGAAGAAAGAGAAGCCAAUAUAGAACAGUAUCACAAACAACAAAAGGAACUAGAGGAAAUGCUGCAGAGACAUAAACAAGAGAACGAAGAAUGGAUCAGGGGGAAAAAAGAAGAGCUGGACGAAGAAAAGGCAAAGUUGGACCAAGAAAAAGCAAAACUUGCCAAAGAACAACAAGAGUUUGAAGAGAAAAGAAAAAAGGAAUAGUGACCACCACGCCACCCGAAUUAGCCUAAGGUCACGUAAUAUCAUCUUAAUCUUGUGCCCUGAUAUCACGUAAUCUCCUUAUAAGUCGUUAUAAGUCGAUAACCAUACACGUAACAUCUUAAGUCUUUCAGAUCCAGUCAUGUGACUUUUAGCUAUAACUAUUAACAUGAUGUCAUUAAAUGACAAGGAUUAUCACGUGAUUGCUUAGUGUCACGUGAUACCACUCAAGUCACAUAUAUGAUGCUUGGAAAACAAGUUUGUUUUUUGCCCGGAAUUCGUUUCAUAAGAGCGACAUUUCUGUUUUUUAAAUAUCGUUAAGACAAAUAACUACACUAACCAACCAAAAGUAUAAUGCAUAUACUACGUUUAUUAUUACAUCUGUGGGUAAUUUAUAUAAGUUAAUAUUUUAUAUUAUCAAAAUGUAAUUACAAAUUACAAUGAACUUUGACUAACC